UCUCUCUCUCUCUCUCUCUCUCUUUCUUAUCUUUGUCAGAGAUCAUCGUUGUCUAUGAUCAUCUUCUUGAUUCGGUUGAAGGCUCUCAAUUCCUCUCUAUUUCUCUUUAGUCCUCUACGAUCUCAUUGUUUUUGGUGCCUAAGUCACCAAGAAUCAAAUCUAUUUUAUCAGAAACCUUUCUCUGCUUGAAAUUUGUGGAAAGACUGAGAGAGUGGUGGUUGUUGUGCUAGGCGCGUGCUUACUCCAUUGAAGAGCUCAAGCUUUGCCUUGAAUUUUUACAGACGGAAGGAGACCACAAAAUGCAUGGCGUUUCAGGUUCUGAACAUGUAAGCUUGUUUCUAUUUGCCACGAACUGUACAGUUUUUAAAGAAAUUGUGUUUAAAGAAAUAGCAUUCUAUGGAUAAUUAUCUCCCCACCAAAUGGCAGAGCGUAUCAGGUUUUGAAGAGAUAUUCGUGUUUAAAGAAAUUGAAAAGCUCGUGCAAGAAUUGGUUAUGAUGUCGAUUAGCAAGUGCAAGAUGGAGGAUCUUCCGAAAGAGUUGGUGAUUUCAAUCCUGUUACGUCUACCAGCGGAAGAUCUUCGACGAUGCAAAGGCGUCUGCAAGUCAUUAUACUCCAUUAUCACCAGUCGGCCUUUCAUUGAGGUACGCCGGAAGAUAAGGAAUUCUUAUAUCCUUGUCAAAUACGAGGAUCUUAUCAGUAGCAAGCAUGUCAUCUCUUUAGUUUGUGAUGAAACCUUAGAAGUCGUUUAUACCCAAACAAUAUUAUCCGAUACUCCAUUAAUGGAUUCAAUGAGUUCGAAAGAUUGUGUCGUCAAGGUGGUGGGCUGCUGUAAUGGUGUGGUAUGUCUUAGGCGUAUAGAUAUGUAUGUCUUGUGGAACCCUGCAACAAGAGAUGCAAAAAUUAUUCCAGAUGGAUUAUACAAAAGCAAUCCGGAUAAGAAAAUGUUUCAACGUCGAGAGAUGGGAUUCAGUUUUGAUCCCAAAAACAAUGAUUACAAACUUGUCUCAAUCCAAAGAUUGUUUGGAGACAAUCGACGCCCUGUCCGUCCGUGCCAACAAGAGGUUGAAGUUUACAGCUUAAAAGCAGGUUGUUGGAAAUUGCUACCAGGCAUCAUCCCAACUUGUGAUAUUAUGUCGGCAUAUUCAAUUGACGGAUGCAACGGUGGCGAAAUGAUUUCGUGGUUGGUAUGGAAUGAAGAGUAUGGAGAACAUGUCAUGUCAUUCGACAUCAGCAAUGAGGUAUUCAUAACAACACCUUUGCCUCCUUGUAUAAUUGAAAGCAGCAGUGAUGGUAACUGUCGGAAUAGCCUUAUGUUUCAUAAUGCAUCCCUUGCUCUUGAUCAUUAUGUUAAAGAUAGAAAGAAUCAAACAGAGACCCAUAACAUAUGGGUGUUGGGUGAAUAUGGUGUCAAGGAAUCAUGGACUAAUCUAUUUACUGUUGGACCCUUCAAAUUAUUAGGACUGAGUAUAAGUGGAUUUUGGAACAACAAUAAGGUUCUUCUCGAGGUACACGGAGGUGGAUGUCGUCAUGAUCUGAUUUUGGUAGACCCUUCCAUCCGAAAAAUUAAAGAUUUAGAUAUUCAUGGAACAUCACCGCAAGUGUUUAACUACCAAGAAAAUCUAGUUCAAAUUAAUGCAACUCCUCCUAUCAACUUAUUUUAAUUUAGCUAUUUCUGUUUUUGUUUGUUGGUCUAAUUGUUUUUAAUUUAUCUAUUUACAUAUGUUUUUUUGUUGGUCUGAUUGUCACGGAUAUGAUAGAGUUGAUAUUAAUUAAGUUUUCAUGGAGGCAUCUACUAUCUCGGACUCAAAUCAUUGUUUCAGACUAUAUAUCAAUAAAGCUUUUAUUGUUCUUUAUA